AUGAACUUGCUUGGAGGUGAUUUGUUGAACCGUGGCGUUCGUCAUGAGGCGUUUGUAUCACUCCCAUUGGGUGUAUCUUGGGUUACACCACGGAAUUGUCGAGUUGGUGACAGUUGUCCAUUCAUCCAUGACCCGACAAAAAUUCCUGGUCGUGCCAUGGCAAAUAAAACAGUGCCCGAGGUUUCUCAGGCUUCGACUUCGGAGGUUACACAAAGAGGACCAAAUGUGAUUCAGAAUCAUUCAUCACAAGCUGUCACAAAUCCGGUUCCAGCAUCACGGGUGGUUUCAAAACCGGUACCACAAGCACAAACUGAAAACCCGAGAGAAUUUCAGCUAGGACAGCUGCGAAGACGAUUUUCUCCCAAGGAAAUUCGACCAUCUGGACAUGCCGAGGGUACUACUAUAUUGAGGUUUAAUCUCAUUCCAUCGGAUCCUGAUUUCCCUUUUGAGAUGACUGCCUUGGAAUCUUCUCUUACUGUACCUCCUCGGUAUCCUACCUCACCGCCCACAUUGAGGGUGGAGAAUAAAGAUAUUCCAAGAGGGUUUGCCAUCAAUGUUGAAAAUGGCUUUGACGAAUUGGUCAAGGCAAAGAAAAAUGCUACCCUACUGGACUUGAUGAAAUCCUUGGAUAAACAUUUGGAAGAAUUUCUGUCCGCACAAAAAGCAGAGACAGUUAAAAUUGUCACGAACAAGGACACGCGACAUCUUUCCCUUACCAGUAGAGAAGUACAACCUACGGUUACACUGCUUCAGCCUGAAUCUGCAAUAAGAGAACCAGAACAACCCAAGGUUACCCCAAAUAAACCGAUUGUAAGUUUCACUGCAUCAGAAAAGUCUGAGGCGUCGAAGAGAAGAGAAGUAGAGACCAGACAAUUGGAAGCGAGAAUGGGUAGAUUACCCCUUUACAAGAAAUCCAGUGAUGGGAUUGCUUAUACUAUCCCAAUUGAACCUCGAAAACGCGGGGAAUUACCACCAUCAAUCAAAGCUGUUAAGGUCAUUCAACUUUUUGUACCCACUCUAUACCCACUGGAAGCUUGUCGAAUCAAAUUGGAAGGAAUUGAUGCCCCGGAAGCAAAGUCUGUAGAGAAAGGGUUUGAGAAGAAAGCUGAAGAAGCAAAAGCUCUGAACCUGAUGGGCCAUAUUAAUUACCUUGCACAGAAUAUUCACGUCUUGGCGAAGACUGUUUUGAACACAGAACCAAAGCCAGUUCCUGUGGUACAGGCAUCACCACCCGUUGUUGAAGAAUCAAAAGAUCUCAAAGGAAAAGGAGUAGGUGCUGAAGAAGCUGAGGAAAAGACUCACAUUCAGUACAUUGCUCGACCACCUGAAUGGACGAUUGUCAAUACUGAAGAUGCUGAAUACUCUGACUCUGAUUCAAUAUACUCUUAUGACAGUGGUGAUGAAUCAGAGUCUAAUGAAGGAGGGGUUGGAGUUGAACACCAACCUGAAAACUCAGCAUCAAAUCCUGAACGUGGUACAGCCAUCUCAUUUCCCUUCAUCGAACUUUAUGGUAUUGAGUUGUUAGAAGUCACUACUCUAAAUAUCACUGUCAAAUGUUCUCGCUGUAGAGAAAUUACCGAAAUUAAAGGUCUCAAGACUGGAGUCCAAAAGACAGAGAGCUGUAGGAAAUGUGCAACCGCACUUGUGAUAUGUUACCGACGAGAUUUGGUUCAUGCAAACAAUGUCCGAGCUGGAUUCUUGGAUCUGGAAGGAUGUGUAGUUGGUGAUAUGUUACCUAGUACAUUCACACCAACAUGUUCUAUAUGUUCUACCAUCUACCCAUCUCCAGGUAUCGUUUCCAUUCGUGGUGAAACAACCACAAAUGUUUGUCGGGAAUGUCAUUCCAAAUUCACCUUUUCAAUCCCUACCAUCAAAUUCCUUCAAAUUUCCUCCUCAGCAACCCCUCACAAUUUGCUUCCUAGAAAAAAGAAAGAAGCACUCGGUAUCACCCCAGGUACUCCUCUUCUCAAAAAUGGUCUCUGUAGACAUUAUGGAAAAAGUUACCGUUGGUUUCGCUUUAGCUGUUGUGAAAAGGUAUACGCAUGUGAUAAGUGUCAUGAUGAAAAAGAAGAACAUGUAAAUGAGUGGGCCAAACGAAUGAUUUGUGGAUGGUGUAGUAGGGAGGGACCUUACCGACCAGAAGAUUGUGCGGGAUGUGGAGAGAGGGUUAUUAGUAGGAGGAGAGGAGGGGCGAGUUUCUGGGAAGGCGGAAAAGGAACUAGAGAUAAGACGAAGAUGAGUAGGAAGGAUAAGAGGAAGUAUAGGAGGAUUGGUGGUGGGGUUAAAAAGACUUGA